UGGAGGGGAUAGCAGCGACCACUGGGGGGGAGGGGGCCGUAGCUGGGGCCGUUGGUGCUGGCGAGGUGGGGGUGCCUGCUCGGCCGAUCCGAUGUCCACAUCUAGCGGGGGAGAUUGCACACAGUUGGAGAGGCGUGACGCAGACGGCCAGGAGAUGCCACAGACUUUGGUGGUUCGCACUGCUGUGGGGCCAGUGGUGCCACAUCAGGCACCAUUUUUGGAGGGUCAUAGUCAUCGUGCACAUGGCGGUGGCCCGGUUGAGGAGCGACGUGUAGGCAGGGGCGCGAACAUACCCCUGGUCCCUACUUUUGCGCCGUCACGGGAGAGGCCGGAGAUUAGGUAUGUGGCCACGCCUCGGGGCAGCCUCCCUUUUGGUUUUAUGACCGCUGAGGAGUUGGAGGAGCAUGACAGGAGGAAUUUGACGGAGAUCGACCAGCGCAUUUUGAGGUCAGUCCCGGAGGAGGGGAAGCUGCCUCACGUGCAGGACUUAUCUUGGGGGCCAGCCAGCCCCAGCUUACCUUCUGGAUGUUCCGUCGCAGCGCCAUCUGGCGGGGCUGCAGGGGGCUUAUCUUCUGGAGGUCCCGUCGCAGCGGCAUAUGGCGGGGCCGCAGGGGACUUACCUUCUGGCAGUUCGGUCGCAGCGCCAUCUGGAGGUGCUGAAGGCCCUUCGUCACCCUUGACCGCAGCUCCGAGGAAGGGCGGCAGUCUCAUCCCGAGGUCGGUUGCCCGUAGAUGGAGAGACACUACCCAGCGUGCGCGGGAGUUGCUGGACACCAUGUUGUUCGGUCACACUGAUCGACCAUGGAGCGAGACGAGACGGGUGACGACGGCGAGUGUCGGUCGUCAGCCAGGUUUGAGAGGGGCUUCCACGGGCCUGAGACGUCGAGAUGUUGUAGCUUCAGGGUUUGGUGGUAGUGGCGGUGGCGGCGGUGGCAGCGGUGGCCAGGGCGACGACACACCUGAGGGUGCAGGCGGUGCCGCAGCGAGCGCAUUGGAUCCGCCCUUGACGUACGGUUUGAGAGAGGCGUCAAUUAUUUUGCAGGAGCCUGGCGUUGUUACACGACCGAGGCAGCAGAGACACGUGCCCUUAGAUCGACGCCAGGAGGGGGAGACUUCAGGGACAGACUAUCUACCUAUGGCACGCGAGUCACGACGACGUGAUGACCUAGCAGCCGUCGGUGUAGGCAGGACGGUGAGAGGCAAGAGAGUCAUUAUGGAGGACGACCCCAACGAGUGUCCCGUUACUCCCGAGCCUUCCGCUGGCAGACGCGGCGGCCAGCGUCAGAGAGAUCAAGGAGGUGGCAGUGGUCAGUCCCACGGACGAGAGAUGGUGGAGGAGCGCGAAGAGGGCGAGGAGGAGGAGGAGGUGGUGGAGGAGGAGCGUGAGAUUGCGGGGCAGAUCACGGAGGUGGAGCCGCUGGAGGAAGACGAGGAGGAGGAGGAGGUGGGGCAGGAGGUGGCAGCAGGAGGAGGGUGUCGGCGAGGAGGAUGUCCGCGAGAACGAACAGGAGGAAAAUGAGGUGGAGGCGAAGGAGCUGUUGGAGGAGAUUGGGGUGGCUGGAAGGAGGAGGUGGCCAAAGAGGAGGAGGUGGCUACAGAGGAAGAGAUGCAAAGAGAAGGAGGAGAUGGUGGAGAAUGCAUGGGAGGAAGAGGAGGUGGCGGAAGAGGAUCAGGUGGCGGGUGAG